CGUGCGAGUGCGUGCGUGUGCGCAUGCGCGCGCGUGUACGUGAAUAAGGACGUAGUACAUCAAUACUGUUUAUAAUGGAUAAUUUUAAUCUAUUAGCUUGUGGCUCGGACGAUAUCACUAUCUUAUUAUCAACGCUCGCUCGCAGAGAAUUGUCAGCAGUCUGAUAAAAUCACUGAGGUGGCUGAUGGUCAAUACUUGUGUGUUGUUGCACACGUUAGAUAUAAAAUUAUGACCAGCAUAUAGUUCUGUUAGACUUUGAGUUUUUUGUCUUUGAGGAACGCCAAACAGUGCUGCUGUUAUGAUGAGUCGAAAUAAUUAGGUACCGAUGACAAUAAACGUAGCGUUUGCUUUUAUGUGGCAAGCAAAAUGAAAUUGAUAGUGAGCUUCGAUUGAAGAGAAAGUUGGUGAAUGAAGAUGGAUGUUGAACUGGUGGCUAGGCGAUCACUCUCGUCGUUGCAAAAAGGUGUCGACGAUGAUUUCAUCGUGUCGCCCAGUCUUCUGGAUGACUGGACUUGGGGUAACCUAAGGAAUCAAUUCAAACUGAAGAGUCUCGAAGGAUUGUUUAUGAUGUAUCGAAAAAAACUCGAGAACGGCUACAUGUCACUCUUCGCUGUGCUACAGCUGAUACUCGGUGUGGUUCACUGCCUUAUUUUGAUUUUGAAUUUGCCCAUAGAGGACAUAGUGGUCGAUUUAAUAACGUGCGGAGUGACGAAUGCAUUUCUGUUCCCGAUAAUAGCAACGUCGUUCCACUCGGAAACGGGCAUCAACAAGAAAAGCCAUCAACACAUCUACAUCUCUUGCCUGAUCGUAGCACUGCUUGUGAUCAACGAUCUGAGCGUUGUCGUUUACUACGCUCUGACGCACAACGAGGCACUGUCGUUCAGGCCAGCUUAUGCGACGUACACGCUGCUCGUGUGCUACAUAAUUCUGCCGUUGUCGAGCAACCUGCACGCCUUCGUCCUCGGCGUGACCGCGUCGUUCUGCUACCUCGCCGGGCUGCUACUGAUCACCUACAGAAACGAGGCCGAUUUCGCGGUGAAGAUGACAACGGAAGCCAUGUAUCACACGUGUGUCAAUUGCUUAGGUCUGUAUUUUCGGCUGAUGAACGAAGUGAUGAUCAGGCGCUCGUUUCUAGACCGCAGGAAGUGCGUGGAAUCGACUCUCAGGCUGAACUACGAGAAAGACCAAGAGGAGCAACUGACGCGAAGCAUUCUGCCGCCGCACUUCGCAGCCAAGAUCAAAAAGAACUUUCGCGACAUAAGCAAAUUCAUCGAGGAGCACAAAAAGUUUCCCAGUCAGGAGGAAGCCAGCAGAUCGUCCGACACGAUAGCCAAAGACACCUACGUGGAGGUGCACGAGAAUGUGAGUAUUCUGUACGCGGACAUCGUCAACUUUUCGGGGCUGACGGUCACCCUGCCAGUGAAGAAGCUCGUGAAAACGUUGAACGAUCUGUUUGGUAAAUUCGACGAGGCGUCGGAGAGACACAACGUAUUGAGAAUCAAGUUUCUCGGCGAUUGCUACUACUGCGUGAGCGGCGUUCCCAUACCCAACUCCGAGCACGCGAAAAGCUGCGUGGAGCUCGGUCUCGAUAUGAUUCGCAUAAUCAACGAGGUGCGCGCCCGAGUGCAGCAGGAGUGCGGCGUGGACGUCAACAUGCGCAUCGGCGUGCAUUCGGGCAACAUCAUCUCCGGAAUAUUAGGUAUGAACAAAUGGCAGUACGACGUGUGGUCGAGGGACGUGAUCAUUGCCAACAAGAUGGAGCAAACCGGCGAGGCCGGCAAGGUCCACGUGACGCAGCAGACGCUUGACCUUCUCGAUGUGGAAGUUUACAACGUGAAGCCCGUGAGGAAGGUUGACCAGGCGAUGUGGAAGUAUGGCGUGACGAGGAGCUACCUGAUCACGCCCAAGACGCUCGGCUCUUGCGCUUCGGUGAACGAGUCGAAGCUGAGGCUGCCGUCGGACGACGAAGGCAGCACGAGCGACCACUACUCCCUAAGAAGAGGCAGCUACCGCAGGAGAAUCCACUUCAUGGACUCGUAUCUGCGCGACUACCACAUGAUGCUGAAGCAAGCCGACGCCGAGAUGGAAAAAGCCAUCGAGCUGAUGCCUCUCAGUAAAUGGGAGCAAUGGCGGAAAUGGGGUAGCAUCAAUCCUCUGCUACUAACCUUCUCGCAACUGAAUUGGGAAAUUCCGUACCUGAGAGAGCCAGAUCCACUGUUCAAGUUCUACAUCGCCAGCGCGGCCCUCGUUCUACUUUUCACGGCGCUCAUUAUUUUCAUUCCCAUGAGCACGAGAUCCGAAAGUUGUUGGACAGUGGCUUCCGCGACGAUAUCCAGCUACGUGAUUGCCUUGGCGUUCAUCAUCCUACUGAUACCCGUCACGUGGACGCAAUUUUUUUGGAGUCGCUACAAGGAAUCCCACGACGAUGGAAUGCACAACCAAAUGCAACCGGAAAAUAGGAUACUCGCCUUUUUUUAUCGCAUGAGUGUUAAGAUAGUAUGGAAUGAAUUGUUUAGGAUAGGAGUGUACUUUGUUAUUACCGCGAUGAUAGCCAUGACCGCUGUUUUUAAUUUAUUGUUAGAAUGCAAGUAUGAGAAAGUAGACAAUAUCACUUCCAUCGCGGCGGAGUCUGGACUCGAUGGUGUAAGCUGUGUCGCCACUCCAUGGCAAAUCACACAAACGUGUGCGUUGGCAAUCAUGACGACGUUCUUGUUCCUAAGAAUGCAUUUUAUCCUGAAACUCUUUGCUGCGAUAUCGAUAGCUACCUUUUACUCGUGGGGCGUUUACGAUUUUAGAUCCUUUAUAUUCGAGUCUAGUAACGAGACUUGGAAUCCUCGCAUACAGCCACAGCUGUCGCACGUGUUGACAGUCGGCUAUUUAGUACUGACGCUACAUUUGAUCGACCGACAGGCAGAGUACCUCAGUCGGCUCGAUUACGAAUGGAAGAGGCAGUUGACGAAAGAGCAGAACGAAGCUUUUCACACGAGGAACGCGAAUAAACUGUUGCUGCGGAAUAUCCUUCCUGAACACGUCGCUGACUUUUACUUGAAUAUGGACCGGACCGAGGAGAAUACAUUGUAUCACGAAUCCCACGACCAUGUAGCUGUGAUGUUUGCCACAUUGACAGACCUGUCGAUCAACGAGAGUAACAUUCUUUGCGACUUCAAUGAGAUCAUUUGCCAAUUCGACAAAUUGCUGUUCGAGGCAAAUUACAUCUGCCGAGUGGAGAAGAUCAAACUCGCAGGAACUACCUACAUGGCAGCUUGCGGUCUUGAAAUAUCCAGACGACACUCCACGCAAAACUUUGGCGUGAUCGCUCUCGAAACCAAAUACAACGUAGUCAGAGUGAUGGUUGAAUUUGCCAUCGAUCUCAUGAAGGUCCUGAGAAAGAUGAAACUCGAGUCAAAUAGACCUUACGAAUUGAGGAUAGGCGUGUCGUUUGGCGAAGUGACAGCCGGCGUGGUCGGUGCACACAAACCACUCUACGACAUCUGGGGCGAUGCCGUCAACAUGGCUUCGAGGAUGGACACGACUGGUGUUCCUGGUAAAAUACAGGUGACCAAACACACGGCGACGCUGUUGGAAGACGGCGGCGUCAAGUGCGACAUUCGUGAUAUACAGCCUUACGUGAAACCGAUUGGCAACGUCACCACGUAUUUUGUCAGUUUGAACGAGAACAUGGAAAUCGUAAUCAAAAAAAUUGUUCACAGAUCACGUUCUCGCAAAUCCUCGGCAUACGAAAAUUCUCGAGAGCGCCCAGAUUUCCUAAGCAUUUCCAACCUCGAAGAUGCGAAAGAAAAUCACUCUGAAGCAGAAGAACUGGAGCCGGAAACAGCACCUGACGAAGUAGAUCGUUCAAACAACGUGUCACCCCUGGAAACUGAAAAAUCUACCGAUUCAAUUAAAGACAAACCAGUUGAAGAAGAAGAAGAACAAAUAGCAGUGAUCGAAGAAUCGAAGAGAAUUGAAAUAGCAAACAAACUGGAAGACAUGACGAUGAACGACAAUGCUUCGGUUUGUUCCGAUACCAGUGCGUACACCAGUGCUGGCCACCUCGAUCUCAAGUUUUAUCAUUCUCGCUUGUGGUAAUCGAAUAUACUACCUCGUCCAAAAAAAAUAUUUGUAUUUUUAUGUGCGAAGGCUGAUUUAGGCGGGAAAGAGUUAGCUGUAGUUAGAAUCUUCUUUCUUUUUUCCUUUCUAUCCGCGAUACCAAAGCUUUGUUCACUCAUCCCAUUCACGACCAAAUAAUCGAAGCCAAAUUUCAUUAGUAUUUUGUUACGAGUGACCUUGCAGAAAGAUUGAUUACUUACCUCAGCGUGAUUAUUCAAGAGACUUUCUCCAAUGUACGAGCGUUUUACGUAAAAACUCUUUUUGUAUUUUUUAUUUUUAUAUCGAUAUGAGAUCAACACAUAUACUCGAGGAUAUUUCCAGACGAUCAACUAUGCACAUACAAAUGAUUGGUUUUUUUUUAAUAUAUAUGUAUUGAGCGAAUUUUAAUGGUAGGGUUUGGAAUAGAUAUAGAUUUACAGUAGGACAAGUGAGAAAAUUCACUUAAAAAUCGUUUGACUGCACGUCAAACGGCACGAGAUUAUUAUCGGUCAGUUUAAUAUUACACUUUUCUUGCGUACUAUUCAACUACCAAACAGCGAAUUUGUUAAAUUAUUUGUUUAUUUUAUUUACAGUUAAUUCUUUGAAUAAUUUCAUCUGUUUUGUUUUCUAAUAUUUAGUUAUAAUGUUUGUAUUUGGGACUAUAUACUAUUUAAAAUAAAUAUACUCUGGAUAUUUAACAAGCUUUGAUUCGCAUAGCUUCUAAUAGUUAUUAAGAAUUUCAAGUAAUACGUACACUUAAUUUGUUCUAUUUGUGAUAUUCAUCGUUCGUAAAUUUAUUGUCACUAUUUCGUUAUAUUAGUCACAAGUUUUAUUUGAAAUUUUAUUACAUGUUUUAAUCGUUAUAUGGUAUGUACUUGAUAUUGAGUAUUCAUAUAUUUUAUAAAUAACAGGAAAUUUGAGGCGUAAUGAAUGAAAAAUUCAAGAUGCAUUCAUUGUUAGAGCAGAGAAAAGUCAUUGACAAACUUAGCCAACGAUGAUUCAAAGUGUACGUUUUAUGUCAUAAACCAUUAUUCAAAAUACUGAUGAUCCGUAAAUUUAUACUCUAGUCAAAAGAAUAACAACUAAACUAUAUCGACCCUUUAUGCUAUGCCAUUAUAUAAAAAAAUUACAACAUAUGCGACAUUUUCCUAAGCUUACUUACUACUUUUUAUUAGACUUGAUACGAUACGUGCAAAAGCUUUCUUACUGCCGGUCAGUUUUUUUAUACUAGUUAAACUCAUAAUUAUAAUAAUAGAAUAACAAUAAUAUAUGAAACUUAUUAAAAAUACAGUAUAUCAAAAAAUGUUUCAAAAUAAUUAAGCAAACAUCUUUAAUUUUUAUUCGUAAAUGUCAUGCAUAAUUUCCCUUACGAAUACAUUUUUUAUUCUUGGUUGUAUUCAAAGUAUAUUUCUUGUGUAUGUUAAUUAGCGAUGGGCAUGAGCAAGUAUCAGAUGUAUUUAAAUUUCACUAGAUGUAGAUAUAACUAUGUAUCAUUAUAAAAUUUGUUAUGUCAUA